AAAAGAAAGUAUAGGAAAUAUGAAGAUUAUUUCUUCUCUGUUGCUUCUUUUCUCCCUUUUGUCCUUUCUGCAGAUCAGUCCAAUAUUAGCGGUGAAAAAGUCUUAUGUGGUGUAUCUCGGGAGAAAUUCACACACUUCUAAACCUUCAACCUUGGGGAAUGAUGGAAUGACCGAGUCCUACUAUGAUCUACUGGGUUCAUGUUUGAAAAGCAAGGAGAAAGCUAAAGAAGCAAUAUUUUAUUCGUACACAAGUCAUAUCAAUGGCUUUGCUGCAACCCUUGAAGAUGAUGAAGUGGAUCAAUUAUCGAACCGUCCGGAAGUUGUAUCAGUUUUUCCAAAUGAAGUAAAUCAGUUGCAUACAACUCGGUCAUGGGAGUUUCUUGGACUAGAGAGAAAUGGACAAAUCCCGGCUGAUUCAAUCUGGUUAAAGGCAAGAUUUGGUGAAGACGUCAUUAUUGGAAAUCUUGACACUGGUGUCUGGCCAGAAUCAGAGAGCUUCGACGAUGAAGGAAUGGGACCAAUUCCAACAAGGUGGAAAGGAUACUGUGAAACAAAUGAUGGGGUUAAAUGCAACAGGAAGUUGAUCGGAGCAAGGUACUUCAACAAGGGUUAUGAAGCAGCUCUAGGCCGUGCACUUGAUUCGUCCAAUAACACCGCAAGAGAUACUGAUGGUCAUGGUACCCACACUCUAUCUACAGCUGGUGGUCGCUUUGUUUCAGGUGCCAAUUUCCUAGGAUCAGCCUACGGGACAGCAAAAGGAGGAUCACCUAAUGCACGAGUUGCUUCAUACAAGGUGUGCUGGCCGAGAUGCUAUGAUGCUGAUAUAUUGGCUGCCUUCGACGCUGCUAUUCAAGAUGGGGUUGACAUUUUGUCCCUUUCACUUGGAAGGGCACUUGAGAUCCCUUACUUCAGAAGUGGUAUUGCAAUUGGAUCUUUUCAGGCUGUUAUGAACGGAAUUCUUGUAGUUUGCUCGGCUGGGAACUCCGGACAAGGCUUUGGCUUCGGAACAGCUUCAAAUGUAGCCCCGUGGGUUCUCACCGUUGCGGCUAGCACAAUUGAUCGGGAGUUUCCAUCCAAUGUUGUCCUUGGAAAUAACAAGGAAUUCAAGGGCACGAGCUUUAACACCAAUAACCUGUCAGCUAGGAAGUAUUAUCCUAUAGUUAAUUCCGUGGAUGCUAAAGCUGCAAAUGCCUCUGCUCAACUUGCACAACUAUGUUAUCCUGAAUCCCUUGACCCAACAAAGGUAAGAGGAAAGAUUGUGUAUUGUCUUGGUGAUAUGAUACCUGAUGUCGAGCAGAGCUUGGUGGUUGCUCAGGCUGGUGGUGUUGGGAUGAUCCUCGCUCAUCAAUUUGCAGACAGUUCAAGCAGUCCUCGAGGUUUCUUUGUUCCUACUUCACUUGUCUCAGCAAUUGAUGGUCUAUCCGUUUUAUCUUACAUCCACAGCACAAAGUCACCGGUAGCUUAUAUAAGUGGCUCUACUGAAAUUGGAAAAGUGGUUGCACCAGUCAUGGCUCCCUUUUCAUCAACUGGACCAAAUGAAAUUACACCAGAGAUCCUCAAGCCAGACAUCACUGCACCAGGAGUCCAUAUUUUAGCUGCCUAUACAAAAGCACCAAGGCGUUUAUCUCGGCUUAUAGACCGGCGCCCUCUUUCCUUCAACAUUAUAUCUGGGACUUCAAUGUCAUGCCCCCACGUUUCUGGCAUUGCUGGUCUUCUCAAAACCAUGCACCCUGAUUGGAGUCCAGCCGCGAUUAAGUCAGCAAUCAUGACCACCGCUAGAACGAGUAGCAAUGCUAGACAGCCAAUACCCAAAGCUUCUGCUGCGGAGGCAACCCCCUUCAACUAUGGUUCAGGACAUCUGCGGCCAAACCGCGCGAUGGAUCCAGGGUUGGUCUAUGACUUAACCACCACGGAUUACUUGAAUUUUCUGUGCUCCAUCGGCUAUAAUGCAACCCAGAUGUCAAUAUUCAACGAAGAGCCAUAUGAUUGCCCACCAAAGAAUAUCAGUUUGUUGAAUUUCAACUAUCCUUCGAUUACCGUCCCUAAUCUCUCGGGAAAUGUCACGUUGACUAGAAUCUUAAAGAACGUGGGAACUCCAGGAUUAUACACAGUUCGUGUCAAGAUGCCUGAUGGAAUAUUAGUUAAGGUAGAACCAGAGAGUUUGAAAUUCAGCAAGCUAAAUGAAGAGAGAACUUUCAAGGUCAUGCUGAAGGCUACGGACGAUUGGUAUAGCAGUUCUUACGUGUUUGGAGGGCUCACAUGGUCAGAUGGUGUGCACCGUGUUAAGAGUCCUAUUGUGGUCAGGAAGAACCCGACUUUGAAUUAA